UAUACUUAUUAUUCGUAAGUGUGGAUAUAUGCGCAGAACGUUAUUUGAGCGCCCCUCUCAAUUACUGGACUGGACUGAAUUUACAAGUAACACAGUGCAGUGCUCGUAAAAAAUGUCGGUGCCAGCUUCGAAUUCGAAGUCUAAGGGCCCUGCGCCGACUGUUGAACAAAUAAAUGCAGAUCGAAUCACACAGUUGGCCAAUCAAUAUUGGGCACCUUACACUAUUGAAAAUCACCUUCCUUUUGAUGAGAAGGUGGUGGAAGACAUAUACAUGAAAGAAAUAUAUGGCUCUGGGUAUGCCAUUCGACGAAUAAUGAUGUUAGAAUUCAGUCAGUACUUGGAAAAUUAUUUGUGGCCGAAUUAUGUUACUGGAAAAUCCUCUCAUGCUCACAUGUUGUCAAUUGUGGUGAUGGUGAAUGAAAAAUUUCGAGAAAGGGUUCCUGCAUGGCAGCCAUUCAAGAAAUUAUCUGAACAUUUCCCAGGCUUCUUUCAGCAAGUUUUGGAAGCAUGUCUCAUGGAUGCUAUUGAUUGUUCUUUAAAAGAACAAACAGCUCUACUUGUCUUCCUCAACCAUUGUUUCAACAGCAUGGAAGUAGCAUUAAUUCGCGAUAGAGUGAAGCGAUUAGUUUCUCUCUCAAUGUGGACAUGUCUUCAAAUGGGCCGCAGAGAACAAGAGUUGAAAGCUGUGCCCAAAUGGAGAAAGUUUUGGAAAUUGAUACAACGCAAAGAUCGUGACACAACAGAAGAUUUGUCCCGACUUGACUGGGAACGCCAUUUUUUGCAAAGACUUAUGAUCAAAUUCAUGAAGCUUUUGGAAACAAUUCCUCCUGAUGGAAGUAUAGGUAGUGAUAUUAUACAUUACUGUGAGAGGUUCCUGGAGCUUAUCAUUGACUUAGAAGCUCUUCUUCCUACCCGCCGAUUCUUCAAUACUGUUCUUGAUGACUGUCAUCUUGUGGUGCGCUGCCAUCUCUCGGAGCUUCCUCAUAGAGAAGAUGGAAACCUCUUCUCUCAGUUACUGGAUAUGCUGAAAUUCUACUCCAGAUUUGAAAUUAGUGACGAGACCGGAGAUCCGCUCACAGAUCAUGACAUGACGCAACUUCACUACUCGAAGAUUACGUCGCUGCAGAAAGCAGCAUAUGCAAAGUUUCCUGACCUCCGUGGCUUCUCUUUAGCAAAUGUUGCCAGUGUGGAUACUCGGGAAGCCUUGCUGAAACAUUUUGGCCCUCUCAGUGAGGAGAAACUGCGAGCAAUUGCUUCCUACCUAAACCUUGUUGCUCCUGCCAAUGCCAAAGAAGUACCUGAUUGGCAACGAUUGGACAGAGACUUUCUUCUGGAAUUGCUGGUUUCAAGGCAUGAAAGGAGAGCAUCUCAACUUGAAGCUUUGAAUGAAAUGCCCCUUUACCCUACAGAAGACAUCAUUUGGAAUGAGAACAUUGUACCAACUGAAUACUUUUCAGGAGAAGGAUGUCUUGCCCUUCCAAAACUAAACCUUCAAUUCCUCACUUUGCAUGACUACCUUCUGAGAAACUUCAACCUUUUUCGUCUAGAAUCUACUUAUGAAAUCCGUCAGGAUAUUGAAGAUGCUAUUAGCAGAUUAAGUCCAUGGAGAGCCGAGGAUGGCAGUACCUACUUUGGAGGAUGGGCACGGAUGGCUCAGCCAAUUGUAAAUUUUGCUGUUGUAGAAGUUGCUAAACCCAAUAUUGGUGAAAAGCGGCCCUCAAGAGUUCGAGCAGAUGUUUCUGUAAAUCUGAGUGUCAGAAAUGAAAUUAAAAAUGAAUGGGAAAACCUCAGGAAACAUGAUGUUUGUUUCCUUGUUACUGUUCGACCUACUCAAACAAUAGGUACGAAGUACAAUCAUAGAGAUCCUUUUGUUCCUCAAGUUGGGUUGACAUAUGUAAGGGGUUGUGAGAUUGAGGGCAUGCUGGAUCAAAAUGGUAGAGUAAUAGAAGAGGGUCCAGAGCCUAAACCUCAACUGCCAGGGGAGAAAAGAACCUUCCGAGUGUGGUUGGACUGUAAUCAAUAUCGCAUUGACAUGGAUCAAGCAAGCCAAGGGAAGGAGGAUGUGUAUGAGACUUUCAACAUAUUAAUGAGAAGGAAACCCAAGGAAAACAAUUUUAAAGCUGUACUUGAAACUAUUCGUGAACUUAUGAAUACAGAGUGUGUGGUACCUGACUGGCUUCAUGACAUUAUUCUGGGUUAUGGAGAUCCAGGAGCUGCUCAUUACUCUAGAAUGCCAAAUGAAAUUGCUACUAUGGAUUUCAAUGACACUUUCCUUGACAUGGAUCAUUUAAGAGCAAGCUUUCCUGAACAUCAAAUAAAAGUGAAAACAGAUGAUCCUCGGAAACUUGUGCCUCCAUUUAGACUGACUUUCGAGGAUGUAUUAAGCAAGAAAAGAGCAGCGGAAAGUGAUGAAAUGAAAGAAGCUAAAAAAAUUAUCACUGUAGAACCUCAUGUUAUACCAAGUCGAGGUCCUUACUUGUUCAAUGAACCAAAAAGGAAUUCUAUUCCAUUUACACCAACUCAAGUAGAAGCAAUUCGAGCUGGAAUGCAACCAGGACUUACUCUGGUGGUUGGACCUCCUGGAACUGGAAAAACAGAUGUUGCUGUCCAGAUUAUUGCAAAUUUGUAUCAUAAUUUUCCUGCCCAGCGCACUUUGAUUGUCACUCAUUCUAACCAGGCAUUGAAUCAAUUGUUUGAAAAGAUCAUGGCUUUAGAUAUUGAUGAACGACAUCUUCUACGUUUGGGUCAUGGUGAAGAGGCUUUGGAAACAGAAAAAGACUUUAGCCGAUAUGGGCGAGUUAAUUAUGUUCUUGCUAAGAGAUUAGAUCUUCUCACAGAAGUUCAGCGACUACAGGAAAGUCUAGAAGUAGCUGGAGAUGUUGCAUAUACUUGUGAGACUGCUGGUCAUUUCUUUUUAUACCAAAUUUUAGCACGGUGGGAAAGAUUCUUAAGCAGAGUUCGGCCAUCCUCUGGAAAGUUAGUAGCAGUAAAAACUAUCAAAGAUGAAUUUCCUUUUCAUCGAUUUUUUGAUAAUGCUCCCAAGCCUUUGUUCAAGUGUCGAACAUAUGAAGAAGAUAUGGAAAUUGCUGAAGGCUGCUUUCGAUACAUAGAAAAAAUUUUUACCCAGCUUGAAGAAUUCCGUGCUUUUGAACUUUUAAGAAGUGGUUUAGAUCGUUCUAAAUAUUUGUUGGUGAAAGAAGCAAAAGUUAUUGCAAUGACUUGUACUCAUGCUGCUCUUAAGAGACGAGAGCUCGUUGACUUGGGUUUUAAAUAUGAUAAUAUUUUGAUGGAAGAAUCAGCCCAAAUUUUGGAGAUAGAAACUUUUAUUCCUCUUCUCCUUCAAAAUCCACAAGAUGGUUACAGUAGGCUAAAACGCUGGAUAAUGAUUGGUGAUCAUCAUCAGUUGCCUCCAGUUAUUAAGAAUAUGGCUUUUCAGAAGUAUUCCAACAUGGAACAAUCCCUUUUCACAAGGAUAGUGCGAUUAGGAGUGCCAACUGUAGAUUUGGAUGGGCAGGGUCGUGCACGACCAAGUAUUUGUAAUUUGUAUAAUUGGCGGUACAAGAAACUGGGAAAUUUGGCUCAUGUAGAAAACUGGCCUGAAUACAGAGUUGCCAAUCCUGGAUUCUGGUAUGAUUUCCAACUCGUGAAUGUAGAAGAUUUCAACGGAGUAGGGGAGUCAGAACCUAGUCCAUACUUUUAUCAGAAUUUAGCUGAAGCUGAAUACUGUGUGGCUGUCUUCAUGUACAUGAGAUUGUUGGGCUACCCUGCUCAGAAGAUAUCUAUUCUCACUACUUACAAUGGUCAGAAACAUCUAAUAAGAGAUGUAAUCAACAUUCGAUGCUCCAACAACCCUUUGAUAGGGCGCCCUCACAAAGUAACCACUGUGGACAAGUAUCAAGGUCAACAGAAUGAUUACAUUUUAUUGUCAUUAGUACGAACCAAAGCUGUGGGGCAUCUUCGUGAUGUUAGAAGACUUGUGGUGGCAAUGUCUCGUGCACGACUGGGUCUCUAUGUUUUUGCACGAGUUUCUUUGUUCAAGAAUUGUUUUGAACUGACUCCUGCUUUUAGUCAGUUGAUGAUGAGGCCUUUGAAAUUGCAUUUGGCUCCUCAUGAAACUUACCCCAGCCAGAGACCUAAUGACAACUUACCUCAAGGGACACCUCAAGAAGUAGAGGACAUGCCCCAAAUGGCAGCAUUUGUCUAUGACUUCUAUAUUGAGAAAGUACAGGCAAUGAAAGCGGCUUUCUAUGGCGCCCAAAAGAUGUGGCAGAAACCAGGAACACACAAAGGCUCAAGCCCACAGCAUUUUGUCUCUCAUCAUCCUGGAGGAGAUCGUGACACAGAUAGUGAAGAAGAAGAAGAGCGUGUUCGGGAUGCAAAAUCUGAACAGAUCAAACAGGAAACUGAAGAUAUGUCAUCUGAUUAUCAGAUAGCUACAAGUGAAACACAGCCACCAGUGGAUGAACAAAUGGCCAGUGAAGUGGAAAUGGAGUCAGAAGAAACCCAGGAAUCUGUAGAAGUUUCCACUGAGAAAGCAAUGUACCCAGAAAAUAAAAAGGCCGAACCUUCCAAGCAAAUGGCCACUAUUAUCAAUGAGGUACCAGAACAAAAUUUUGAGAAUGCAGAUGUGCAAUCUCAGACACAAGCAAAUGAUGAAACUAGUGAUGAUGGUGAUGAUGGUGAUGAUUAAAGUUACAUGGGAAUUGAAAUAUCAGUAAUUUAGAUCAUCCAAUCUUCCAUUUUCCUGCAUUUUAUUGUUGUAAAAAUGAUUUUAUAUUCAAAAGAUGACAAGAUUUUCUAAUAUUUUUUUAUAAAUGGCUUUUCUCCUGGUAAUUUGUUUAUUGACUUACUUUUGAUGAAAGUCAUUGUACAUUUCUCAUUUCUAUUCAAGUGUGUUUGUUAAUGACUUUUUAUUGCUUCUUUGUAGCUUGUAAAAUAUGUUAUUUGUGUAAUAUUUAUAAUGAUGAUGUAUUGUGUUCACUAUUGAAUGACUUAUUUUACAUAAAUUCAUAAUUUCAAAUAAGUGUUGGUUUUUAAAGCCUCAGGAUGAAAGUUUAAUACCAUUUUUAGAUUACUUGUGAAAAAGAAAUCACUUAUUACAUGUAGUGUUUCAGCUGUCAAUGAGUACAAAGUGUUCAAUUUUUUGAAGUUCUUGUCAUGAUUCAAAAGAAAAAGGAAGUUGUAUUACAGUUUGAUGUAACUACUUUUGAAUGGGUCACCACUUUUAAAUGAGUUUUCAAAUUUGAUAAAAAUGAGAUGUGAUAUAUUUCGUAAGUUCAGUAAAAUCACUGUUUAAUAUGUAUCAAUUGAAGAGUAAUUAAUAAAAAAUUAAUCAUUGAUCUUUGUCUUUGUGAUGUUAUAAAUUUACAAUCCAGAUUGAUACUUGUAUAUGCUGCUUUGUAUUAUGCCACUAAAUACAGAACUGGGAGAAAUGUUGUAGAUAAUCUGAUUUCAUUAAAAUCCUUAAAAAAUUUAUUGGAGUUAAUUUGAUGGUUAGAGAUUUUUUGAAUGAAGAAUUUAUUAAAUAUUGAUUAAAUUAUUAAUGUUUG